CGCCGACAACUUCUCUCUCUAGCUCUCUGAGCUCACUUUUUUCCCUCUUUUUACUCCCUCGCUUACCAACUUUCUCGCGCACUUUCUCUCAUUUUCUAUCCUCAUUUCUCGCUCUGCUUCUUGUUAAUAGCUUUAUCUUCUACGCUCCUUUUCAUUUUCUGCAAUUUCAAUCUUGUCUUCAGACUUUGAAGCUUUCUCCGUGUUCCUAAACUGAUCGGCAGCUCUGCGUGAAAUUAUCGGAGUUUUUUCCUGGUAUUAAAUUCUGUAUAUCAUUCAAUCUGGAAGACCUGGUGAAACAAUGGAUCAGAAAACAUGGCUUUGGAGGAAAAAAUCUACAGAGAAAAACAUAGUUGCAGCUGACAAAGUAAAUGUCCCACUCAAAGGAAAUGAAGAAGAGAUACAGACCCUUCUGGCUGAUAAAGCAGAAUUGGAGAGAGACCUAAAAAGUUUAAAUGAUAAGCUUUCUUCUGCCGUCUCUGAGCAUAAUGUGAAAGAUGAUCUUGUGAAGAAACAUGCUAAAACAGCACAAGAAGCUAUUACAGGCUGGGAGAGGGCAAAAGCAGAAGUGGUGACUCUAAAGCAAGAACUAGAUGAAGCAUUACGGCAGAGAGUAGCUGGAGAAGAGCGAUUAACUCAUUUGGACGCUGCCCUGAAGGAAUGUAUGCAGCAGUUACGUUUUGUUCGAGAAGAGCAGGAGCAAAGGAUCCACGAUGCUGUGAUGAAGACAGCAAGAGAAUUUGAGAAAACCCAGAUGGUUUUAGAGGAGAAGUUAGCUGAGACCAGUAAAAGGCUUGCAAAAUUAGGUGCAGAGAAUACUCAUCUCAGUAAGGCUCUCUUAGCAAAGGAAAAGUUAAUAGGAGACUUAAGUGAUCGCAGGAAGCAGACAGAGGCAGAUUUUAAUGCACUAAUGACUAGACUAGAUUCCACAGAGAAGGAUCAUGCUUCUCUCAAAUAUGAGGUUCGAGUGCUUGAGAAGGAGCUUGAAAUUCGGAAUGAGGAGAGAGAAUUUAAUCGUCGAACAGCUGAUGCAUCACACAGCCAACACUUGGAGAGUGUAAAGAAGAUUGCAAAAUUAGAGUCGGAAUGUCAAAGGUUACGUCUACUGGUCCGAAAGAGGUUGCCUGGUCCUGCUGCUUUGGCAAAAAUGAAAAACGAAGUGGAGAUGCUGGGAAGGGAUCCAAGCGAAAUGAGGAGGAGAAAGUCGAGUUCAAGUCCAACAGGUUUAAUGGUUGACUCUGUAGCAUACAACUCUCUUGACACUCCAAGCAAAAGUACCAAUUUUUUGACUGAGCAGUUAUGUUCUAUGGAAGAAGAAAACAAGACUCUCAAGGAAGCCCUUGUUAAAAAAACAAAUGAACUCCAAUUUUCGAGAAUCAUGUACGCUCGCACAACCUCCAAACUCUCACAAGAUGAGGUGCAGCUUGAAGAAUCACCAAAUGGUCAUGUACUUUUGGAGCCAACAAGGACUAGUCUUGCAUCACAUGAUCUCUCUCUGGCAUCAAUGUCCGAUGUUGGCAGUGAUGAUAAGGUUAGCUGUGCUGAAUCAUGGGCUUCUUCUUUGAUUUCAGAAUUGGAGCACUUCAAAACUGGAAAACACAACCGGACUCCAUCAAGAAAAUCUGUUAGAGUUUCUGACAUAAAUCUCAUGGAUGAUUUUGUUGAGAUGGAAAAAUUAGCGAUAGUUUCUGUGAAUAAACCUCUUGGAAAUUUACAUUCUUCUUCACAGGAAGCUGAUACAGCCAUUGGUACUAUGGAUAAAGAGUCAGCUUCUUCAGAAUCGAAGGGCAGGGAGAUAGUUCCAGUAUCUGGAUCUCAGUCAGCCUUCAGUUUCUCAAACCAGGAAAUCCAGUCCGAAAAUAUAUUAAUUGGAAAAGUUCCUGGGUGGCUUCAGGAUAUAUUGAAAGUUAUCUUGGAGCAUAUCCAUGUUUCACAAAGAAACCCUGAUGAAAUAAUUGAGGAUAUUAGAGUUGCCAUGGCACACAUAAAUCACUUAAACACUGGUGAUUUUUUUGAUGCAAGGAAAAGUGCAGACCAUCCUGAUGGAUCAAUUCUGCCCCCUCCUAGUGGCUACAUAUCUUCGAAAACUCCAAAUGUUUCUUCGGUAAUGGGUUCAUCUGAUAGAGUAACAGGUGUUGACAAUUCAUCAUCAGAGACGAGCAACCAGAAGCUCCAGUCAGAUCUGAGCAAAUCAAUAUGUAAAAUGGUUGAGCUUAUUGAAGGAAUCAGUUUACCAUCCCUGGAUUAUGAUACUCAAGAAACUUUUUCUAGAAAGGAUGGGAGUUUCUUUCCACAUAAAAAUUCAGAGACACCUACAGGGUACAUGGUUCGUGUUUUCCAAUGGAAGACUUCUGAACUCAGGUCUGUUUUAAACCAAUUUGUUCAUUCUUGUGAUGAUUUGUUGAAUGGAAAGGCUGAUCUUGAAAAAUUUGCCCGAGAAUUAACUUCUGCUUUGGAUUGGAUUAUGAAUCACUGCUUUUCCCUUCAAGACGUGUCAAGUAUGAAGGAUGCAAUCAAGAAGCAGUUUGACUGGGAUGAGUCGCGAAGUGAAAAUGAAGUGGAAAUUGGAACAAGUAGUCAAUUUUCAGAAGUCAAUAAUUUAUGUCUCCCCAGGGAACAUUUAUCAUGUUUGCCUGCUGGUCGUGCUCCAAAUAGCCAUAAUGAUUUUUUCCAAACUGAAGAAGUUCUGUCUAAUAUGAGAGAAGAAAAUCAAAGAUUGAAAGAUGAAUUGAUGGACAUGGAAUCUGGAAAGAAAAACUUGGGCAGGAGGCUUCGGCCUGCAAUUGAUCAGAGCGAAUCCCUAAUGGUUCAACUUCAGGAAUCAGAAAAAACCAUCGCAAGUUUGAAAAAGGAGUUGGAAAUGUUAAAAGAAUCAAAGAGGCUGAUUGAGGAUCAAAGUGAACACCACAAGUUCAUGAAUGAAGAUCUUGACACACAGCUUACGGUUUCCAGAGCAGAAUUGAACGAGGCUCUCCAAAAGUUGUCAUCUCUGGAAGUGGAACUGGAGAGCAGAAAUAACUGUUGUGAAGAUUUGGAGGCCACGUGCCUUGAACUACAGCUCCAACUAGAUAGAAUAACAAAGAAAGAAACUCCGAACCAUGAUAUGGAUCAAGAAGAAAACCAACUGCGAACCGAUUGGGAGAUUACAGCAGCUUCAGAAAAGCUGGCAGAGUGCCAAGAAACCAUCCUAAACCUGGGGAAGCAGUUGAAGGCCUUGGCUUCACCUAUAGAAGCAUCCCUUGUCGAUAAUGUCAUCUCAACCCCAUCCGACACAAUUACAACAACAGCAACAGUCACCACCACAUCCAUGGCCACGAAUAAAAACAUGUCCCGACGUUCCUCUCUACUUGAUCGAAUGCUAGCUGAGGAUGAUGCUGAAACUAAGGAUCCUAAAUCCCCAAAAACCAUAGAAAGUAAUUGCACUCUAGACCCUCAGAAGUCUCCCACCCGCCUGCAUGCCAACACCAAACCCAUCUUCAGUCCAAAUGGGACAUUGGAGCUUCCGAAGAAGUUUGUCAGUUUAAAUGGAAUCAAGAGUGAUGCAGAUGACACUGCAGUUGGUUCUCUUGCUAUUUUGCCUAGUAAGAAGCGGAGCAGUGGGGGUUUGUUGAGAAAGCUGUUGUGGGGGAGAAAGAAAGGUAACAGCAAGAAAAUGGCCCUCUCUGUUGCUGCAUAACUGAUACAAUAAAGUGAUAAUGAGGUUGAUGCACAGGAUUUGGUUGUGACAGUGGUUUUUUGUUUGCUUGUUUCUUUUUUCUUUUGUUCCACAUUGGGAGAGGGGAAUAACAAGGUUUGGCUUCCAUUAGUUGUUUGACAUAGAGACAUUUGAAUGUUGUGUUGUACUGCUGAAACUAAAACAAUUGAGAAUUUAUAAUAAGUGAAUAAGAGAGGAUUUAUUGAGAA